CACUCUCCUCUAGCAGCCGCCUGUCCUUUUUAAGGAACUCCACCCUAGGUGGAGUCCUCACGAUAGUCACACCUCUCCUUUGGGCCUAGCAGGGCCAGAGAAAGACGGAAUCACUCCACCCACUCAGGUUGCCCAGAGAACACUUUAGGUUCUGACCUGCGUGGGGCGCGAGGUCCCCCGUGGGGCAGCUAGGUGCCUCCAAGGAACCCCGCCCCAGAGGACCCACAGGAGUUGCUGCCAUUUUUCGCUGAAGCCCCUGCCCUGGGGCUGGUGUUCUUCUCUAUGAUUACACCAAUCGUCGGCGUUUUUCUCCUCCCUUCUUUCUUUUUAGGAAGGCGCUGGGGUGUGCGGCGGCAACGGCGGCGGUGAAGGGAUCCUCUUGUGGUAUCUCCUCGUGGGUUCCCGGCUUGAAGGAUUUUUUCUCCGCCUCAACUUUGUGUUCAAGUAGUGCUUUGGGGGUUGGGUUGGUUUUCAUAGCCCCCACCCCCGGCCCUCUCCUUUUAAAGGGUGUGUGGAGUUCAGAGGAUGGGUGGAGAGCGGGUUUGGCCGGAACUGAAUUGGUGGAGGUAAAAGGGGAACGGAGGACCUUAAGCUCUGGCCACUUCGGCCCAGCGAACCCACUUUAUUUUUGUCCAAGGAAAAGCUGCAGGGGGAGGAUUCUUUUUAGAAAGUCUACUCUGCCGGCCCCUGAUUUUGGGGUUGGAUGCUUGAGAGCUUUGUUUCCCUUGUUCAGAGAGUGGCCCAGCUGGGUCUGAAUCGACUCCCUCCUCCCAUUUCAAUCCCCUCCUCAUUUUCCAGCCCGGAGAAAGAGGGGAGUGGGGGGCCAAGAACGAGAAGACGGGAGCGCGUCGCCCUGCGCGAUGUCAGAAUGGGGCGGGUGUGAGGGGAGCAGUUCUCUUGCGAUCAGCUCAGGAGUAUGAGCCUCCCGGAGGACGGCAUGAGUUCUGGACACUUCAGGAGUCCUCAGCUAGUGACAUGGUCGCUAAAGUCACAACCAGAGAGAACAGGAUUCGCAAGGCCAACGCUCCCAGAUAUGGAUCAACUCAUAAACAACUUGGAGGUCCAACUUAAUUCAGAAGGUUGCUCAAUGCAGGUAUUCAAGCAGGUCACUAGUUCUGUUCGGAACAGAGAUCCCUCUGAGAUAGAAUACAGAAGUAAUAUGACUUCUCCAACACUCCUGAAUGCCAACCCCAUGGAGAACCCAGCACUGUUUAAUGACAUCAAGAUUGAGCCCCCAGAAGAACUUUUGGCUAGUGAUUUCAGCCUGCCCCAAGUGGAACCAGUUGACCUCUCCUUUCACAAGCCCAAGGCUCCUCUCCAGCCUGCUAGCAUGCUACAAGCUCCAGUACGUCCCCCGAAGCCACAGUCUGCUCCCCAGACCCUUGUGGUGUCCACGUCAACAUCUGACAUGAGCACUUCAGCAAACAUUCCUACUGUUCUGACCCCAGGCUCUGUCCUGACCUCCUCUCAGAGCACUGGUGGCCAGCAGAUCUUACAUGUCAUUCACACUAUCCCCUCAGUCAGUCUGCCAAAUAAGAUGGGUGGCCUGAAGACCAUCCCAGUGGUAGUGCAGUCUCUGCCCAUGGUGUAUACUACUUUGCCUGCAGAUGGGGGCCCUGCAGCCAUUACAGUCCCACUCAUUGGAGGAGAUGGUAAAAAUGCUGGAUCAGUGAAAGUUGACCCCACCUCCAUGUCUCCACUGGAGAUUCCAAGUGACAGUGAGGAGAGUACAAUUGAGAGUGGAUCCUCAGCCUUACAGAGUCUGCAGGGACUACAGCAAGAACCAGCAUCAAUGGCCCAAAUGCAGGGAGAAGAGUCGCUUGACUUGAAGAGAAGACGGAUUCACCAAUGUGACUUUGCAGGAUGCAGCAAAGUGUACACCAAAAGCUCUCACCUGAAAGCUCACCGCAGAAUCCAUACAGGAGAGAAGCCUUAUAAAUGCACCUGGGAUGGCUGCUCCUGGAAAUUUGCUCGCUCAGAUGAGCUUACUCGCCAUUUCCGCAAGCACACAGGCAUCAAGCCUUUCCGGUGCACAGACUGCAACCGCAGCUUUUCUCGUUCUGACCACCUGUCCCUGCAUCGCCGUCGCCAUGACACCAUGUGAGCUGCACGGGUCACACUAGAGAAGCUGCGCUGGUAUCUUUCCUGUUCGUGUGCUGAGGUUGGGACAAUUUUUUCCUCUUUGACUUCAGCUUGCAUCUGCAAUGGGGUUGAAGCAGCCCACUGAGCCAAGUUGAGGAGACUGGAGGAAAAGAGAGCUGGUCUCCCGGAGGGGGCUCCUCAUAUACUACCUUCACUUCUCCACUGUCCAGACCCGUUUUUUUCAACCUCCAUGUGGGUUGAAUUCCAGUGUGGCACCCAUGGCUGCCUUCCCAUCCCCCCUGCUCUGAAAUAGGACAUUUUUCCUACAGUAACAAAACAGGAAUCAAACUCAAGGCUGUGAACAAACAUACGCUGCUUUUUUCUUUCCAAUUUUUCUCUUGUUUUCUAGAACUCUCAUCCAUAUGUUUUUUUAAGUACCUAAGAGUGGUUUGAUAGUGUCCUAAAUGACUUUUUUAACUUCCUAAAUGGAAAGAGCAUAACAAUGUAGUUGAUUGGUAAGAUUUACAGGGAUUUGGUUUCUGAGUAUGAGGCACAUUCCCAGUGAAUAAGCUGAGUCCCAUACCACACUCAAAAGGUUUUAAUAAAUCUAAUCCUAUUUCUUCUUAAA